GACCUGAGUGCAGGGUUACCGCGCCCAUCUCUGCUGUUUGAUGGCCGGAGGAAGAAGCGACUGAGAUCCUGGCGUGAAGGAAGAGAGAAAAAAAGAGGGACGACGACGGUGGGAAAGACAAGAAGGGAUUUUUUUUUUGCUUUGAGCUGGAAUUUGCGUUGAAUUGGACGAACGCUCACACUGGACUCUCUUGACUCGUCUAUCUGGGUGAAAACACCGCCUUGUCUCUGCGUCUCUUAGCCGGUGUGUCUCCCCCCUCGGCGGGUCAAAAACUGGGUUCGGGGAGUGCCGCUCCUCGGUAGCUAAACUAGCUAAAUCUGAGCGCCUGGGCGGAGAGAGAGAGAGGAGAGACGAGCUUUUUCUUGCUGUUUCUUGCUGUUUCCAGUCAAUGUGAUAUAAACAACGGACACCCUCGACUGAAAGCGGAUCAGCAAGAGUCUAGGCGGCGGAGCGAAGCACACCAUUAGCAGAGGAAAAUGAGUGAACUGGAUCAGCUACGCCAGGAGGCUGAGCAGCUCAAGAACCAGAUCAGAGAUGCCAGGAAAGCGUGUGCGGAUGCUACCCUGUCUCAGAUCACAGCUAACAUCGACCCCGUUGGCCGAAUUCAGAUGCGUACUAGACGGACACUGAGGGGUCAUCUGGCUAAAAUCUAUGCCAUGCACUGGGGCACUGACUCGAGGCUUUUGGUCAGCGCCUCCCAGGACGGCAAACUCAUUAUUUGGGACAGCUACACCACAAACAAGGUCCACGCCAUCCCAUUGCGCUCCUCCUGGGUGAUGACGUGCGCCUAUGCCCCUUCUGGGAACUACGUCGCCUGCGGAGGCCUGGACAACAUCUGCUCCAUCUACAACCUGAAGACCCGUGAGGGAAACGUGCGUGUCAGCCGUGAGCUGGCUGGACACACAGGUUACCUGUCCUGCUGUCGCUUCCUGGAUGACAGCCAGAUUGUCACCAGCUCUGGAGACACCAGCUGCGCUCUGUGGGACAUCGAAACCGGUCAGCAGACAACUACAUUCGCCGGCCACACCGGUGAUGUCAUGAGUCUCUCUCUGGCACCCGACACCAGGCUGUUUGUGUCCGGAGCCUGCGAUGCCUCGGCCAAGCUCUGGGACAUCAGAGAAGGAAUGUGCCGACAGACUUUCACCGGCCAUGAGUCGGACAUCAACGCCAUCUGCUUCUUCCCCAACGGCAACGCAUUUGCCACGGGCUCAGACGAUGCCACCUGCCGGCUGUUCGACCUGCGCGCCGACCAGGAGCUGAUGGUUUACUCACACGACAACAUCAUCUGCGGCAUCACCUCCGUGGCAUUCUCCAAGAGCGGCCGCCUACUGCUGGCCGGCUAUGACGACUUCAACUGCAACGUCUGGGACACUUUGAAGGCCGACCGCGCAGGUGUCCUGGCCGGCCAUGAUAACCGGGUGAGCUGCUUGGGUGUGACUGACGACGGCAUGGCAGUGGCAACAGGGUCCUGGGACAGCUUCCUCAAGAUCUGGAACUAGAGUCUGAAGAUGGCAUCCGGACUCCAAAGUUGAGUGGAAGACCAUUCCAACAUCACAAUGUUCAAUUUUAUUGCAUAUCCAAUCUUUUCAAAACACCAUGAUACUGACUCCAAACACCCCAAAAAACUAUCAAGGGCAAAAAUUCUCUCUCUCUCUCCUUCUCAUUUAAAAGAGCACAAUUGUCUGUCACUCAUUCAGCUACAAACAAAAAAAAGAAAGAAAAAGAAACAGCUCGAGGAGUUUAGUGGUAUCAAAAUGGAACGGAGGUGAAAAAUUGUGCAUUCCUCCCAUGACCAUGGUCUGGUAUUGUAGUAAAGUGAAAAAUACAAACACCCCGCCACCACUGCUGCCACCAACAAGCAAAUGUGUCCUGCGUCCUCAUUAUAUACAGGUCUGAGUGAAGGUUAUUACAUGACAGUGAUCUAACUCUCAUAGCUUUUUUUUUUUUUUUUUUUGGGCCAUGUUUAUUUUUGUUUCUUUGUUGUUUUCAUUAUUUUUUGUUGAAGAGACGUAGAUCAGUGAACUGUCAGUUAAUGUUUAAAAUGAGGAUCAAAGCUUUGUUUUUUUUUCCUAGUCUUUACACAUUUUAAAGAAUGUUUUUAAGUUGAGAAGUAAGAAAAAAACACCUCCAGAUCAUGUCAUUUUAAAUCCAGCUUUAUCCCACUGGAGAACAAACCGAGAGAAUUUAGCUUCAACAGGGAGUCCUCAAGCCACUUCUGGCCCUUCUGUAUAUUUAGUCCCAUGAUACUUUUAUCGUUUCUUUUUUUCCAGUGUAGUCCACAAAUCUUUGUUUGCACAAAAAUUAAACUUUGCAUAUAUAGAAUAAUGUCUAAAGAAAAAAAAAGUUAACUAACCAAGCACAUGCUGUUUAUGAUAAUGAAUGCUCGUUUGUAAAACGAAAAACAACAAAAAAAACAAACCAUUUUAACCAUUCUUACACCUUUUUGUCUGGCGACAGUGUAGAAUAAUUAAAUGAAGAUUAACCCAUCGGAUCAUAAUCCACCCCGCCCCCUUUUUUAUUCUUUUUUUUUUCCUCCUUUAAAUUAGUUUUGUUUUCCCUGGUUUCUGUUGCCCGUGGUUGGGACCGGUGAUGUGAUUUGGUCGGGUAGGGAGUACCUCCACUUUAGCCCGGUUGCAAUCCGGACGUUUCUCUUUUAACAGAGGUGCCCAUUCCGUGCUUGGAAAUGCAGUUACUACUCUGUGAAUGACAUGUUGUAUAAAUCAAUGUUUGAAAAUAAUGAUAUUGAAACUUUUUAAGUUAAAAACGAAAAAAAAAAGAUUUUGGUUGUCUGCCAUGGGUGGGUUAUCUCUUAGAAUCGCAUGCUGUAGAAUUGCUUAAAAAGGUGCAUAUGGAAUUAAGUCCUUUGAUGUUUUUCUUUAAGAAAA